UUUUCUCUUUCUCUGGAUGCUGGUCAUGGCAAUCCCGCUCCAUCACAAAUCACCUGCGAUUGCUUUGCUUCAGAAGAUUCAGACUAGCGAGUUGAACACUUUUGGCAGGCAAACUCUGCAGUUACCUAUAAGUGGCGAUGGACCUCUGAAUGAAAUCUAUGUGGAAAAAAAUAGAGCAGGAACGAUGAAUUACCCGGAGGGUGGUUAUGAGUUUGCUGCUGCAGCCACCUUGUACAACCCGACCAAUCUGGGCUACGCAGCCUCCACUGACUCGCAUGCCUCCAGCAACAUUGGAGGUCUUCACUCCCUCAACAGCAUGUCACCGAACCCACUGGUCUUCUUACAGACGGCGCCCCAGCUCUCUUCCUUCGUUGCCCACGGACAGCAGGUCCCGUACUACGUGGAGAACGAGCAGAGCAGCUGCAGCAGUUUCGGCCUGCGCGAGGGACCCCCGUCAACCUUUUACAGAAUUAACAAUGACAAUCGAUGCCGAGUUAACGACCAGCUGUCCAGCACCAGCGAGCAGAGCAGCCCGUCAGCAGGCACGUUGGAAUCCAGUAAGGAAACACGGUACUGCGCGGUGUGCAGUGAUUACGCCUCAGGCUAUCACUAUGGAGUCUGGUCAUGUGAAGGCUGCAAAGCUUUUUUCAAGAGAAGCAUUCAAGGACACAAUGACUACAUGUGCCCUGCCACUAACCAGUGCACAAUUGACAAAAAUAGGAGGAAGAGCUGCCAAGCCUGCAGGCUACGUAAAUGCUAUGAAGUGGGCAUGAUGAAAGGUGGUAUCCGUAAGGAUCGUAGGGGCGGCCGGAUGCUAAAGCACAAGCGGAGGAAGGAUGAGAAGGAUCAUGUCAUCAAAAGUACUGGGGUCACCACCCGACCCACUUCCAGCAGCAUGAAUCCGGCACAGAGGAAUGCCAGGCAGAACUCGGUGAUGGGAAUGACGUCAGACGAGAUUCUCAGUACCCUGAUGGAUGCCGAGCCUCCCAUGGUUUACUCUGAGCACGACCCCAGCAAGCCCUUUACCGAGGCGUCCAUGAUGACUUUGCUAACGAACCUGGCUGAUAAGGAACUGGUGCAUAUGAUCAUUUGGGCAAAGAAGGUUCCAGGAUUUGUCAGUUUAACACUUCACGACCAGGUGCAACUACUGGAAUGCUGCUGGUUAGAAAUUUUGAUGAUUGGCCUUGUCUGGCGCUCCAUGGAACAUCCGGGAAAACUCAUUUUUGCUCCAGAUUUGAUUUUGGACAGGAAUGAAGGGAAAUAUGUGGAAGGGAUGGUGGAAAUAUUUGAUAUGCUCCUAGCUACAGUGUCUCGUUUCCGACUGCUAAAACUCCACUGUGAGGAGUACAUCUGCCUGAAGGCCAUCAUCCUGCUGAAUUCUGUUUUGGAGAUCACUCUGCUUGGACACCACAGUGUGUUCCCCUUCCUCUCCAGUACCAUGGAAGCUCUGAACAAUGGUGAGCAGAUUCAGAUCAUCCUGGACAAAAUCACUGACGCUUUGGUUCACUUUAUCACCAGGGCUGGGCUCUCACUGCAGCAGCAGUCUCGGCGGUUAGCCCAGCUCCUCCUCCUCCUCUCCCACAUCAGGCACAUGAGUAACAAGGGAAUGGAGCACCUGUACAAUAUGAAGUGUAAGAAUGUGGUGCCACUGUAUGACUUGCUGCUGGAGAUGCUUGAUGCUCACAGACUGCACAUGCCAAUGGAGAAGGCGCAGCCUGGAGGAAAUGGCACAAGUCCAUUGAAUAGAGGGGCCACCUCAUCCACUUCUUCGUUGUCACUAAAGAAGACUGAUGUGACUUUUGAAACAUCCAGAUAGGUAACUGAUGCGCUGCUGCACAGUAUUAACAGAAACCCCAACAAAAAGAACUACCUAUGAUCACAUGCAAAUGAAGCAAAUUUCACUGCAGCAAAAUCACAUAGCUUCAGCUUCAUCUAAAUACACGCCAUCCAGCUCCUUACCACAAAGAAGAAUGCCCUACUGACUGAGAACUGGGAUUAUCAAUGAUGCAGGAACAGUG